UUGAAAGACGACAAAAUGCAGAUAGAAUAUAUAAUGUACUUAUCAAUAAUGAAGACAACGAGAAACGCAUUAAAAAUCUUCCUCGACAAUCAAUUUCGGAUCCACUAUGGGAUCAAUUUUUUAACGGGUUUAAGUUCUAUUAAAAUGAAUUAUAUUGUCCUUUAUUAUUUUAUCAGAUGUAGUUAGUGUGACAUAAAUGUAAAAUAUUUAUAUAUUAUAUAUUUUCUUUCUUUUGUUAUAAUGUAAAUUUCCCUUCAUUGAAAUAAUGUAAAUUAUAUAAAUUAUAUAA